AUGGCCGAGCUGCGAGCGCCCGGCGUGUGCCCCGAGGGGCCGCCGGGCGCCUUCGAGGUCACCGCCGUGGGCCUGCGCACGCGGUCGUGGGACGCGGACGAGCAGCUGCUGGCCGACCUGGGGCGCUACAUACGCCACAUGAGGAACCAGAGCGAGUGGCCAGAGGAAUUGGCGCGGAGCUUCGAGUCUGCCCACGCCUGCCUCGAGAAGCUGGCGCACGUGGACGCGAAGGACGUCCUGGCGCUCCAGGAAACGUGGACGGAGGCCGACACCGACGUCCUGCGGAGGCUGGACCCCUAUGCCGAUGGCUUCGUGGAGGGCGAGCUGGAUACGGAGGCGUUCCGGCAGCGCCUGCCCAGUGCUGGUCAGUUCGCCGAUAUUGUCCAGGAACGCGCCUUUGCAAUGGUCGGCGCCUCCGACAGCCUCCUCGAAAAGAGGCCUGGCCCUGAGAUCGACGCACACGAGGUCGUGGUACGCUUCAACGACCAUGUAAAAGAUAACUUAGACGAAGCCGUGACAGGCACCAAGACCACCAUGCACGUCACUUGCGACGCUUCUGGACCGAUGGGCGACGAUGGCGUCACGGAGUUUGACUUGGAGACACGGGCACCAUGGAGCUCGUAUUGCAACAAGAUGAAUAUCAACGGCGUAUUCUACCAUCCGAACAUCACCUACUACAUUAUGAGGCCCACCGCAUUGUGCGCGAUGGACUCUGAGUUCAGCUUCUUCACGAGGGGCUUCAUGUUCUACUGGCUAGUCGGACGCUUAUUUGACCAGCCCGACAUGUAUGGUUUUGAUGGGGACGCCCACUACGACAACAACCAAGUGGUCUGGGAGUCGUUCUUGCACUUCGAGCACGCGGUUUACCGCCUGGUUCGUGGAGAGUUGGAAAUCCCAGCGGAUGUGGAGCCAUUGGAUGCAACGUGA